AUACACGUGUCUACCUACUCACUCCACCACCCACUCGCCGUCGUCCAUUUGUAAGCCGCUACUCAGCCAGCCAGUCACCUCUUGCAACCCAUCCCACAUGGGCUGCUGCAGCAUGGCUUCCUCUCAAGCCGCAUGUUCCUCUGACUCUCGCGAGCUGGCAGCGGCAGACUCGCGGUGUAAGCAGUGUAGUAGUGCUUGUGCGGCACAUAAGGCAUCGGGAGGGACGUGAUGGGGGGCGGGGACGGGGGAGGGGACGGUGUUGAGUAACGGGAACUCGCCGCGGAGGGAAUGUGGCGAGGCAAAGGCGGCUUCAGCUUGGAUGCGUCACGAAGGGGCGUGUAUUUGACUGCCCGAUGUAUGUACGGCUUGCAGAUGGGGGAAGACAGGGGACUGGACGAAAGGGGCGACAACACUCCCCGACCUACGGCCGGCCUUUUAUCGGCUGGCGUCCUCUUGCCGCCCCCGAAUAUAAGUUCGGUGACCUCUUUCUUUCGGCUGUCGAACGACCCGCCCCAGUCGUCUCGCCAGAAAUCCCCAGGAGAUAUGGAAGCGGCAUCGUGCCUCCUUCCCUUCUGGGCCUUCAACAGAUCGCGGAUCGCAUCCUUGUGGGGCGAUGACGGAGCAGCGGCCGUGGCAGGGAGAAGCCUCCUCUCCUGAUCAGUGGCGGGCCUGUGUGGCCGAUCUGCGGUUUCUCGCUGACUUUCCCGCCUUCGCAUGUCUUGAAGCAUAUCAUCGGCCACCGUGGGUCUGAUGUCUCUGUCCAUCCCGAUCGGCGCAAAAGCCCUCUCCAUCUUGAUAGCCCCUCGUGGCGGCUCAGCGACCACCAGCACGCCUUCUGCAGACCCCGAGGGAUGCACUCUUCUUUCCUCUUUCCAGUCCCUCGGCAUUUGGCGCGAUAGGGGGCUCUCAGUGUUUCUCUGCUGGCCAAUCUGUGCAUGAGUCCCGAACACCAAUGUACGGUCCUCUACUGCGUGUCUCUUGGGCAGCCUCCCGUCAUGUCUCCUAAGUCCACCUUCCCCAAUGUCAUCCGCUACCAGCGGUCCUUUCAUCUCCGCCUUUGUAAUCCUUGGAGGAGUGACAGGCGGUGGGGAGGGCGACCGUCGCCUGGGGGCGCCAGCAGCAGCAGCCUCCACCUCUUUGUCUGGCCGCCCUUCUGGCGUCACCGAUCGCACUCGGGCAGAGGACGCCCCCUUCUCUCUCUCCCUCCGCGCUGGAGGCGCAGUCAGGCCAAGAGGUACAAAUGUGCCCCAGCCAGGGCCAGGCGGCCACAGAAUGCCUUCUGGGUCUUUCGGGCUUGUGUCGGGGCUCACUGCGCGUGAGGGAUAGCCCUGUGUGCCGUCGCUGAGCUCGUGCAUGUCCGCCCGAAGAGACCUCUGCCACUUGGCCUCGCCUUCAGCAAUGCGCUUAGGCGUCCUCUGCGAUCGCUUCGGUGGCGCCUGCCAUCCUCGCAUCGGCGGAGGGAGAGAGGUGAAAAGGGAAGGGUCCUGAUGCUGCAGGGGACGGUCUUCCUUGGCCCCCUGGAUAUCCUUCAUCAGCGCCUGUGCGUCGCUGAGUGCUUGCUGCAAGGCUGGCAUAGUAUCGUUGCUCGGGCGCAGGGGAGGCGACAUCGUUUCUGGCGAUUCUUUGCACGAUGAGGCCCUGUCUGGCGAGCCGGUCAUGCCUCCGCCUUGCUCGGCAUACUGGUAGGGGCACUUCAGCUGUAGCAGAUGCCUUGCGUGCUUCAGAGCUUGGGUGGUCUCGGCAAGCUGGUGCUUCUGCCCCUGCAGUAGCCCCCCAAAGUGUUGGUGCAGCUUGGUCUCGCGCUCAUGAGAAUUCUGCCGGAUCUGCUGGAUCUCUUUACGCGCCUCGGUGAUGGUUUCUUGCAAAAGAGAGACAUCUGUGCUAGUGGUGUCGAUGGCCGCAGGAGGGGUUUUGGUGGAUUGUUCAUGAAGCUGUUGAGCGAGAGAGUCCCUCUCCUUCUUUAGCGUGGCAGUCUCCUCUUGAGUAGUCUCCAGCUUGGAAAGGCACUCCUGAAGAUGUCUUCUGGUCUCGUCCAGCUCCCCGCUAAGCAUUCGGUUCUUCUCCGUCUCUCUGGCCAGUUCUUCUGAGGACUGGGCAGCCCGACUGUCGUGUCUCUCCUGCUGCACGGCGCUCAGCUGCUGUCUAAGCUUUGAGUUGGUGACGGCCUCUUCGUUAGCUCGUGCCUCCAGCUGCUGGAUAGUGACUCGAGAGGUGUCGCACUGUUCCCGCAUCUGGUGGAUCUGGCUGAUGAGCUCGGCCACCGUCUUCUCUUUGCCCGCCUCGCUCUUCGCCAGCUGCUCCCUCGUCUCCCAAAGCUCCUGUCUCAGCCGCGUGAUCUCUUCAUGGGACGAACGGCGCGUCGUCUCUGUCCUUUUCAUCUCCUCCCUCAACAGACCGACCUCGGCCUCUGCUUGCCUCCGAGCAGCAGCCUCCUGUGCCGACACAAAGACACCGUCAAGCCAGUCUCUUCCGGGCCUUUGUCUCGAUCUUAAUGCGAGUGUACAGUACCUGAGCUGCUGAUCUCAGCAUGUCACUGAAUUGCUGCCGCACGGCCGCCUCGGCAGCGCCGAGGACGUUGGAGAUGGAUGCACUGAUCUCCAUCUCCUCAACAGGCAGACCUGUGAGGCUCGAUUUGCCUUUCAUCUUGGGGAUGAACUUGGGGCUGGUGUCGACAGGAGUAGGAGGGGGCGGCUUUACAGAGGGAGGGGGCGGCCGCUUGGCUGGCACGGCAAUGGUGUGCGGAGGCGGGUCUGUGCUCCUCGUGGUCUGUUGAGCCCCGUGCACCUGACUCAGAGGUCGGAAGCUCAUGGGCGGUUCGUCUUGGAUGCUUCCGACCUCGACGCUGACGUCGACGCAGAUUGGCUCUGCAGGGGUGACAGGCGUCAGCGGCUCUGACAUGAUGACCACCGAGACUGCUCGGAGAAAC